AUGGAGGCCGGAAAGCAAAACUCAAAAACUCUGAAAGCUCUGAUGUUGCCAUGGCUAGCCCAUGGUCACAGUACUCCUUUCUUAGAGCUUUCCAAAAGAUUAGCCAUCCGAAAUUUCCACAUCUAUUUCUGCUCCACUCCUGUAAAUCUUGCAUCCAUCAAGAAGAAAAUCCCUGCGAAAUUGUCCAGUUCAAUCGAAUUGGUUGAGUACCAUCUUCCAUCCACGCCGGAGCUUCCACCUCAUUACCACACCACCAAUGGCCUCCCACCCCAUCUCAUGACCCUUCUGCUUAGAGCCUAUAAGGCCGCAAGCCCACAGUUUUCCGAUAUUCUCAAAUCCCUCAAGCCGGAUUUGGUCAUUUACGAUUAUAUUCAGGACUGGGCACCUCGGAUUGCUUCGGAACAGGGGAUUCCGGCAGUUCAGUUCCUUGCUGCUAGCGCAGCGUUUGUGGCUUUUCGCGGAAGGCCGGCAGAUGAUUUCCCAGAGAUUUUCAUCAGGGAUUAUUGGGCCAAAAAUCUUGGUUCCGGCGAGGUUGACGUUGCCGGGAUUGUGGGAGCUACGGAAAAAUCCCACAAGAUCUUGUUAGUCAGAGCUUCUCGAGAAAUUGAAGGCAAAUACAUGGAUUUCCUAUCAAAAACGUCCAACAAAAAAGUUGUCCCCACCGGACUUCUAGUCGAAGAUUUCAAUACCAACAAAGAAGAAGAUGAUGAUUACAAAGAAAUCAUGGAGUGGCUUGAUCAAAAGGAAAAGGGUUCUGCUGUUUACGUUUCUUUUGGAAUGAUAUCCAUGGAGGAGAACAAGCAAAGCAGCAAACUUGUGAAAGUUCUUAUGUUGCCAUGGUUAGCCCAUGGCCAUACUUCUCCAUUCUUAGAGCUUGCCAAGAGAUUAGCAACCAGAAAUUUCCAUAUUUACAUAUGUUCUACCCCUGUUCUACUCAAUUCCAUCAAGAAAAAAGUGACUGAAAAAUUCUCCAGUUCGAUUGAAUUGGUUGAGCUCCACCUCCCUUCCUCGUCGGAGCUUCCUCCUCACUACCACACCACAAAUGGGUUGCCGCCCCAUCUCAUGAUUACUCUUAAAAAGGCCUAUGAAAUGUCAGUCCCUCAGUUCACCGAUAUUCUAACUUCUUUGCAACCUGAUUUGUUGGUUUAUGACUUCAUUCAAUACUGGGCUGCGGAAAUUGCUCUGUCCAAGAGUAUUCCGGCGGUGCAUUUCAUGACUUUCGGCGCAUCAAUAAUUUCUUUUGGUCUACACUUCAUGAAGAAUCCCGGGAAAGAAUUCCCUUACCCAGAACUUUAUAUCAGGGACUACGAGUGGAACAAGAUGAAGGGUCAACAUGAGGUUGAAUAUAAUAAUAGCCUCAGCGACAGAGAUAGGUUCCUCCGAGCGGUGGAACUAUCCCAGAAAAUCUUGCUGGUUAAAUCCUCCCCAGAAAUUGAUGGUAAAUAUUUUGAUCUUUUGUCUGAAAUAACUAACAAGAAAGCAGUCCCUGUUGGUCAUCUUGUCCAAGAACCAACUCCUGAAGACGAUCGAGAUGAGGAUGAAGAAAUCGUUUCAUGGCUUGACCACAAGGAAAAAGGCUCUGUUCUGUACGUUUCUUUCGGCAGCGAGUACUUUCUGACCAAGGAGGAAAGAGAUGUGGUUUCACGUGCUCUGGAGCUCAGCAACGUUAAUUUCAUAUGGGUUAUUAGAUUUCCUCAGGGAGAGCAAAUCAGGAUUCAGGAAGCCUUACCGGAAGGCUUUCUAGACAGGGUCGGAAACAGGGGAAAACUCGUUGAAGGAUGGGCUCCUCAGGCCAAAAUUCUGAAACAUCCGAGCACCGGCGCAUUUGAGAACAAGCAAAAUGCAGUACUGAAAGUGCUGAUGUUGCCAUGGUUAGCCCAUGGCCACACUUCUCCUUUCUUAGAGCUUGCCAAAAGACUUGCAACCCGAAACUUCCACAUUUACAUCUGUUCCACCCCUGUAAUUCUCAAUUCCUUCAAGAAAAAAGUCACUGAUAAAUACUCCAGUUCCAUUGAAUUGGUUGAGCUCCAUCUUCCAUCCUCGCCGGAGCUUCCUUCUCAGUACCAUACCACUAACGGGUUGCCGCCCCAUCUGAUGAUCUCUCUGAAAAAAGCCUAUGAAAUGUCAAUCCCUCAGUUCACUAAUUUUCUGACUUCUCUGCUUCCUGAUCUGGUGAUUUAUGACUUUAAUCAGUAUUGGGCUGCGGAAAUCGCUUGGUCUCUGGAUAUUCCGGCGGUUCAGUUCAUGACUGCCGGCGCUUCUCUGGGGUCGUAUGCCGUUUAUAAGAUGAAGAAUUUUGGGAAAGAAUUCCCUUGCCCGGAACUUUAUCUCAGGGACUACGAACUGAUGAAACUUAGAAGCAUUGGUGAUGUUGAAUUUAAUAAUGUCAGCGACAGAGAAAGGUUCCAUCUGGCUGUGGAAAAAUCCCAGAAAAUCUUGCUGGUUAAAUCAUCAGUAGAAAUUGAUGGUAGGUUUUUUAAUGUCUUGUCCGAUGCAGCUAACAAAAAAGUAGUUCCAGUUGGUCCUCUAGUGCAAGAAUCAACCCCGGAAGAUGAUCGAGAUGAGGAUGAAGAAAUCAUUUCAUGGCUUGACCAGAAGGAAAAAUGCUCUGUUUUGUACGCUUCGUUUGGCAGCGAGUACUUCUUGACCAAGGAGGAAAGAGAUGUAAUCUCAGAAGCACUGGAGAUCAGCAACGUGAAUUUCAUAUGGGUUCUUCGAAUUCCAAAGGGAGAGAGAAUCAGCGUUCAGGAAGCCUUGCCGGAAGGUUUUCUAGACAGGGUCGGAAACAGGGGAAAACUCGUCGGAGGAUGGGCUCCUCAGGCGAAAAUUCUGAAACAUCGGAGCACCGGCGCUUUUGUCAGUCACUGUGGAUGGAGUUCUGUAAUGGAAAGUAUAGUGUGGGGGGUUCCAAUCAUCGCCAUGCCAAUGCAAUUGGAUCAGCCAUUGAAUGCAAGGGUGGUGGAAGCUGUCGGAGUUGGGGUGGAAGCCGUCAGAGAUGAAAGUGGUGAUUUGCAGAGUGGAGAAAUUGCAAGAGUGAUAAGGAAGGUGAUGGUAGAUGAAAGUGGUGAAGAUGUGAGGAAGAAAUCCAAGGAAUUGAGUGAAGCGUUGGAAAGAAAAGGGGACGAAGAGAUUGAUGCACUUGUACCCGAAUUAUUAUUUCUCUGUCAGAAAAAGUAA